CCAUUAUCCUAAAUUAUUUGUUUAUUAGGCUACGAAUUUGUUUUGCAGAUUCGGAUUGUAUAUGACAUACAAAGUGGUCAAAGUUUUGCAGCAUCUUCUUUAAUAAUAGGUUUUAUUGUCGUCGACGUCUAGCCUGCCUCAUAGGUAAUACAAUGUUGGGAGAAAAGGCACAAGGCGUUCCAUUGAUGGUAGGCGUAAUGGACUACACCUAUGAUGAAGAUUUGGAAGAAUUGUGUCCUGUUUGUGGAGAUAAGGUCUCAGGAUACCACUAUGGACUCCUUACUUGUGAAAGUUGUAAGGGCUUCUUCAAGAGGACAGUACAAAACAAGAAGAGGUAUACUUGUGCAGAAAACCAGGAGUGUAAAAUAGACAAAACACAGCGGAAGAGAUGUCCCUGCUGCCGAUUCCAGAAAUGCCUCGACGUUGGCAUGAGAUUAGAAGCUGUGCGUGCAGACCGCAUGCGUGGGGGCAGGAAUAAGUUUGGGCCCAUGUACAAGCGGGACAGAGCCAUGAAGCAGCAGAAGAAGGCUUUGAUACGUUCCACGGGCUUCAAGCUGGAGUCUGCUCCUCCACAGCUCUCCCCUGUACAGACUAACUAUGGCUUCACUGGCACCCUGCACAGCCUCCCAUCCCUCCCCAAAGGACUCAUGCCCUCCAUCCCAGCCUCCAUCACCCCCACAGACUAUGAGUCCAGCCUCUACGGACCCUCCUCCCUGGGGGUGGCCAUGCAGCCCCAUGGACCCCUGCCUACCCAGUACCAGUGCACAGCAUUCCCCAGCAGGGCCAUCAAGUCUGAGUACUCUGACCACCACACAAGCUCCCCAGAGUCUCUGGUGGGGUACCCCUUUCCGGAUGUGUACCCCUCCGGAGGCUCCCCACAGCCUCCCACCCUCUCCCCACUGGUGCUAGAGCUGCUGCGCUGCGACCCAGACGAGAUGCAGGUGCAGGGUAAGAUCAUGACCUUCCUGCAGCAGGAGCAGAGUGGCCGGGGCCGGCAGGACAGGCUCAGUACCUUCAGCCUAAUGUGUCGCAUGGCUGACCAGACUCUGUUCUCCAUAGUGGAGUGGGCCAGGAGCUGCAUCUUCUUCAAGGAGCUCAAGGUAAGCUUCCCAGACCCUGUCCACACAUGA